UCCCUGCGGCGGCGGUCCUUUUGGUGACUCCUGGGUUUCCAUGGCUUCAGAUACGUUCACGGACCACGCACAGGGCAGGGUGACCUUGGAGGAUGUGGCUGUGGACUUCACCUGGGAGGAGUGGCAGCUUCUUGGCGAGCCUCAGAGACUCCUGUACCGGGAUGUGAUGCUGGACAACUUCACCCUGGUGGCCUCGCUGGGCUCUUGGUUUCGGAUGGAGAAUGAGGAGGCGCCUUUGCAAGCAGAGCCGCACAUCAGGACUCCCGGGUCAGGUUCGGCCACGCAGAGUGCCGAGCCAUGUGGGAUGUGUGGCCCGGUCAUGAAGGACGUUUUGCUCUUGGCUGAACGUCAGGGGCUUUGCUCUGGGCAGAAGCUUCAGGCGUGUGGGGCGUGUGGAAGACAGUUCUGCUUCAACCUAAGUGUCCCUCAGCCACAGAACGGAGAGGGGCUCCUCAGCGGGGAGGAGGAGGGGGCGUCACCGCUUACGGGCUGCAGAGGCCACCUGUCAGAGGAGCCCUUUCUGUGCGGGGACCAUGGGGAGGAUCUCCUGCUCCACCCAGGCCUUCUGCAGAACCAGCCCACUGACCUCCGGGGGCGUCCGCCCAGAAGCGCAGGGUGCAGCGAGGUCAUUCCCGCUGGAGACGGGCGUUACAGGUGCCGUGAAUGCGGGAAGGCCUUCAGCCACCAGCACCGACUCGUUCAGCACCAGAGGGUUCACACUGGAGACAAGCCUCAUGCGUGCCACGAAUGUGGCAAAGCUUUCAGACGGAAAUGCAGACUCGUUCAACACCAGAAAAUCCACACCAGAGACAGGAGUUACGGAUGCACGGAAUGUGGGAAGUCCUUUAGACAAAGCUAUGGGCUCCUUCAACAUCAGAGAGUUCACACGGGGGCAAAGCCUUAUAAUUGUGUAGACUGUGGGAACUUCUUCAGCUGUAAAACCACACUGGUUCGCCAUCAGAGAAUCCACACUGGAGAAAGGCCUUAUAAGUGCACAGAAUGUGGGAAAUCCUUUAGACAACGGUCUGGCCUUAUUGGACACCAGAGAAUCCACACAGGGGCCAAACCCUACGAAUGCAGUGAGUGUGGAAAAUUCUUCAGCCGCAAAAUCACACUUGUUCGGCACCAGAGAAUCCAUACCGGAGAAAGGCCUUACAAGUGUACGGAAUGUGGCAAACUCUUCAGCCAAAGCUCUGGCCUUGUCUCACAUCAGAGAGUUCACACCGGUGAGAAACCUUAUGAAUGCGCCGAAUGUGGUAAAUGGUUUAGCCACAGGUCUAGCCUCAAUUUGCACCAGAGAGUGCACACUGGGGAGAGGCCUUAUGCGUGCAGUGAAUGCGGGAAAGCCUUCAGUCUGAAAUUUACACUUCUUCGACACCAGAGAACCCACGCUGAAGAAAGACCGUAUGAGCGUGGUAAACGUAGGAAGUUCUUUAGCCACAAAUCCAACCUCGUUCAACACCGGCAAAAUCAUGUCGGAGAGUGUUGAGCCAGUGGCCUUCCCUCGCUUGGUACCAGAGGGUUCGCCCUGAAGAAAGGCUGUGGAAUACAAGAGUGUUAUCUGCUUGGUCAACGCAUGACGGCAGAAAAGCUCUGAGAACAGAUUUGUGAAGUGGCCGUCAGCCAAAGGCUACACCUGGCACCUGACGUGCAAGCCGCAGUGUGUGGGUAGGCUUCCGGAGGUGCGAUACCCUGUCUGACCUGCUCUAGGCCCUUCCCUGAGUUCUCUCCCUGCCGGUGCCAAUGGCAGAAACUGUCUCCUCUGUACCAUCAGGUCGCCCAGUGUGCGAGGGACGGCCAGUCUUUGUACUGUGUCCCCUGUAGGAAACCACAAGUGACGUGAGGCCAUCACAGUUUACCCUAAUCAGCUUAACACACUGAUGGGGUUAAUAGAAUUGGAGCCAGCAAACCAGAAGGCAUGUGCCUUAUCCAGUGGUGCUUAGAGAAAUAUUCUGUCACUAUAGCUGUGAGGGACUAGGGUGUUCAGGUAUUCUCACAACUUCCAGAUUUAAUGUCUCCUGUGGCUCAGAUCACUGGUAGGGCAAAUAAUCUGAAUGUUUUCUGAACUGUCAAGACUAUUUGGGUUGCUUACCUCAAGGUUGUUGCUAUACAGGCAAGAAAAAGAAACCAAGAAAAGCGCUGGUUGUUUAGGCAUGUGACUUAUUUAGCAUCUAUUGCUUGCUAGGCUUUGCUUCCUUUGAUGUAGGGCUGUCCCUUCCAAAGGAAGAACAUGUUUUUUUUUUUUUUUUUUUUUAAAUAUUUAUUUAUUUAUUUGAAAGAGUUACACAGAGAAAGGAGAAGCAGAGAGAGAGAGAGGUCCUCUAUCCAAUGGUUCACUCCCCAGUUGGCCGCAACGGCCAGAGCUGAGCCGAUCCGAAGCCAGGAGCCAGGAGCUUCUUCCGGGUCUCCCAUGUGGGUGCAGGGGCUCAAGGACUUGGGCCAUCCUCUACUGCUUUCCCAGGCCAUAGCAGAGAGCUGGAUUGGAAGUGGAGCAGCCAGGACUUGAACCGGCACCCAUAUGGGAUGCCAGCACUGCAGGCUAGGGCAUUAACCUGCGCCACAGCACCGGACCCCCAAAGAAGAACAUAUUUAAGAUGUGUUUGCCAAAUCAUCUCAUUUUUCAAGAGAAGUGAAGGAUCCAGAUUUCCAUGUUGAACUGUUAAAAUUUAUUUAUUUAUUUAUUUAUUAGAGAAAGAGCCCCCAUCUGUUUGUUCACUACCCAGAUGUUUGCAGUGGCCCAGGGACAAAGCUGGGGAGCUAAGAUCUCAACCUCGUCUCCUAGGUAGGUGGCAGGAACACAACUAUUUGAGCCAUCAGUACGGCCUCCCAGGGUCUGCAUUGGCAGGAAGCUGGAAUCAGGAGCUGGAACCAGGGAGUCACCCAGGUAUUCAGAUAUGGGACAUACAUCAUAACCACUAGGCAAAGUGCCUGCCCUGAACCGGUUGUUUUUUUUUAAAAUAUUUGUUUAUUUGAAAGGCAGAGAGUUACAGAGAGGCAGAGAGAGAGAGAGAUAUCUUCCAUCUGCUGGUUCACUCCCCAGAUUGCCACAAUGGCCAGAGCUGGCCUGAUCUGAAGCCAGGAGCCUCUUCUGAGUCUCCCACAUGGGUGCAAGGACCCAAGCACUUGGGCCAUCUUCCACUGCCUUUUCCCAGGCCAUAGCAGAGAGCUGAAUUGGAAAUGGAGCAGCUGGGACUCAAACCGGCACCCGUAUGGGAAGCCAGCACUGCAGGCAGUGGCUUCACCCGCUACACCACAGUGAACCACCCCUUGAACCAGUUUUUGAAGGCUCUAUGUAGAUGCAGUUGAUGUUCAGUAAACUGUACGUAUUUAAUGUGUGAAGAAUGAUUUUUAUGUAUCCAUGCAACCUUCACCACAGUCAUGAUAAUGAACAUAUUUCUCAACCACAGAUUUGCCUCAUCCUUUACAGAAAUCCCCCUUGAUCCAGUUUCUUUUUUUUUCUUCCUUUCCUUUUUCUCUCGCCAUAUGUCUCUUUCUUUAUUUAAAAAGAUUUAUUUAUUUGAAAGACUUACAGAGAGAGGGAGAAAGGGAGAGAGGGAGAAAGAGAGAGAGAGAGAGAUCCUCUAUCCAGUGGUUUAUUCCCCCACUGGCUGCAACAGCUGGGCAGGCUGAAUUCUAUUCGGGUCUCCCACAGGGGUGGCAGGAGCCCAAGCACUUGAGCCAUCUUCCAUUGCUUUCCCAAUUGCAUUAGCAGGAAGCUGGAUUAGAAGUGGAGCAGCCAGGACUCAACCCAGGGCUCAUGGGAUGCUGGUGUUGCAGGCAGUGGCUUAACCUGUCAUGAUGUGGGACCCCCACAGUCUCUAAAGUUUUGCUGUGGUGAAUCAGAGUCAAAAAAAAUACUAAAUGAAAAAUUUCAGAAAUAAUUCAGGUUUUAAAUUACUUUUAUUUGGCCGGCGCCACGGCUCACUAGGCUAAUCCUCCGCAUUGCGGCGCCGGCACACCGGGUUCUAGUCCCGGUCGGGGCACCGAUCCUGUCCCGGUUGCCCCUCUUCCAGGCCAGCUCUCUGCUGUG